UUUUCUUUUUAUCUACUUUUUAACAACACGGCAUCGACAGUGUGUGUUCAUGCAGCGAUGCGUCCCUCUACACAACGAUCGCUUCCGGAUUCCGGAGAGAAUACUAAAGCGGCCACAGUGGCGCUCUGUUUUCUAAGCGGCGUUGCAGCAGCAUUCAUGGCAUACUCAAUGUACUCGAAUCUAAAAACAUUCCAUAACCGCACUCAUGAACACACGAGUCGAAAAAAGCGAGAAGCACAACGACAAGAAACCAACAGACAAAUCGAAGACUCAAUACCAUUAAAGUCGUUGGCUUACUUGACGCAUUCGACCAAUAUCAAUAUCCAAAAUGGCGCUGUCAAAAUAAUCCUAGAUCGGGCCAUGUCAGAAAAAUACUUGCCAAAAUUAAUAGAGUCCUGUAAAAGGGACAAACCUAUCGAGGUGCAGAUGCGUGCUAUAUCUGCUCUUCAGCUAUUAACACGGCGAGAUAGCAACCGAGCGACACUCUUAUCAAACGGUGCAUUGGAUGUGUUGGUGGAUGCAUUAAAGUGCACGGACGCAGAUAUGAAAGAAUCGGUUCAACGUUAUGCAGCUGUAUCGAUAUGCGAUCUAAUCCAAAUGAGCGACAUCAGCAAAUACUACAUCAUCGAUAUUGGCAUUUUGGAACCAAUCAAACGCAUCCUUACUUCAACAACAAUCCGUAACAACGAACUCAAAUAUUGGACUCUAAUGAUACUAUACCAGAUUUCACGCAGUGAUCCAUUUCCAAAGGUGUUGAUUGAGGAUGGAUUUGUUGCAGUGCUUGCAAAAAUGGCGCGAAUUACAUAUGGCAACACGAACAUGCCAAAAUUUUGCAUACAAAGCUUGGUCCGAAUUAUUUCCAAUGUCGAUGUAGUUGAGGCCAAGGCUAUCUUGACAGAGUUACUGGAAUAUAAUGUUAUUGAUCUUAUUUCUAUAUCAUUAAGAUCAGAGGAUCUUGAACUUGUAUACUGGGCUGCUGGAUUGAUGCACGAGUUUGUUCUCAAAGACGUCGCUGCACAGCAAUUUCGAGAAAUUAAGGGUAUACAUGCGAUCCUCAAUGGCUUGUUGGGUGCAGAAGAAAUAUACAUUUCAAGAGUUGUACUACGGACCAUAAAAUUCAUGGCAUAUGGACAAGACAAUUUUCGGCAAGAAAUGGUGAAUAGCGGCAUGGUGAAAAAAAUUAUGCGCGGACUUACACUGGACGAUGAUGAUGUGCGGUACUGGAGCAUUUUGUGCAUUCACGCCGUUGCCGCUCAACUGGAAUCUCAUCCGGAUAUCAUUACAUCAAAUGAAUUUGGCUUGAUGCUUGAACUGACAACCUCGCGUAAAAUCCAUGUUGCCAUCUUUGCAUCCGACAUUCUAUCCCUCAUUUGCUGUAUUGCAAGUAACGGACCCAUCCUGGAUCGACACGUAAACGAGGUUGUGUCGGCGCUUAAUAACUUGUUAUCGUACGAAGAACUUGAAGUCCAAUACAAUGCAGUGGGAGCAAUAUUUAACUUGACAGCCAUGAGAGAAAACUUUGCGUGUGUUGCUCGAGAACAGUGUCUGGAUACACUUGUCUCUAUGUGUGUCGCAUCAACGCACGAGCGCGUACAGCUGACAUGCGCCAAGGCCUUGGUUCUAAUGGCUAUCAAGUUCCGAUCUAUUACCACACGCGUGACAUUACAAGUCAUCGAGCCUCUCAUCAGCACAUGCACUGGCAUUUCUCAAGAUGUUCUUCCGAUCAUUCUCAUGCAAUCUCUUAUUGCAAGCUCACAAGAAAAAACUACGAGCAAGCGCCGUCUACCGCAACGACGACAAGCAUCCAAACGACACUCACGACUUUCUACAAGCCUAGAAAUGAGUCAAAUGGCCAGAGACCACGGUCCUCGGAAAUCCACCGAAUCCGUAUCAUCCUCUUCUUCUUCUUCAUCAUCGUCUUCCUCCUGUUCCGAUCACUCAUCCACACACGACCGAACAUCUUUGUUCAUAAAGUUCGAGUUACCGCUUUCGUCACGCGUCCAAUUCGUCGGUGCACUCAGCGCAUUGCGCAUUCUACUCGAGAACGAAGAUGUGUUUGGGAACGUGGUCACAGGCACCGUCUUUGAAAACAUGAUGGCAGAUAUGGCCAAAAUGGAAGAGGCGGUUGAAGGCGAACAAAUCAGCGCGUUUGAACGGGAAGCACGGCAAUCUGCACGAUUAACGGACAUGGAACGCCAAUUUUUAGCCGAUAAUGACCGGGUUUACAACAGUGCCCGUACAGGAGCCACAAUGCCAUCCUCUGCUUCAUCUUCAUCCGCCUUGUUGUUCGAACCCAUUCGCGAAUUCUCAGAAUCAUUGGUCAUGCUUGCUAUUUAUCCUGUUCUCGAAGCUUGGAGUCAACAGACGACAAAGCAAGUGACGGAAAUGGAAGAAAGUACGGCCAAAGCAGCAUAUUACGAUGUGUUGGCAUGGCUCAAGGCUCGUACGACCGUGGCUCCGCUCCGUCGAGCUGAUGGCGUUCUUGCAACAGUAGCAUCGCCUGGAACAGCAGCAACACAUAAGCAACAGUCAACAUCAUCUGGGUUGACUGCAGCCGCAGCCGCACGGCCCAUGACGUUCGCACCCAAUGAUUCGUCUUCCGACAGUGAGGAUGACGAUGAUGACGACGACGACGACGAGGAUGAGCAAUAUAUCAUGUCGAAAAAAGUUGAGUCUGCAGCAGAACGAUUAGGUGAAACACGCAGAAAGGGUGAAGAGCAUGAUUCUGCCACAGUCGAGGACAUGUUGGCUGCUGGUCAGCCGUUGCAUUUCGCAAAACUGUACUCCGGGUUUGCUGGCCGUGCUCUGAUGGUGCUGCGUUCGCUUGUUCAUUAUGGAUCCGUACGGCAAUUCCUUAUUCACGAAACGGCCUUUGUAGAAGCCAUGAUUUACAUGUUUCAAAACUGCCGGUCCUUGUCAGACCAUGUACUGACAUGCCUGGGAGCAAUGAUCUGUGCUGAUCCGUCCUACAUCAUUCCCGAGUCCGCACUUCAAGUCAUGGCGAUCUCGAUCUGGAAAAGCGCACAGUUACCAAUGCUCGAAAAGCGAUCCUUCCAUUUCUAUGCACGACUUAUUUUGACAUUCGCCACACGCUGUACUAGCCCGUCAUCAUCACCUUCUUCAUCAUCGUCGACUGCGUCAUCACCGUCCGAAUGCGGGAAUGAUAGCAUAUUCGUGGAAAUAGACUUGCAUCGCAGAUCGAAAUAUUGUCUUUUGAAUUAUGAGACGCGGCUUGAGGCUCGAAACGAUUCCUGGACGUUCGAGACAGUACGUGGAACGCAUCCUACACCGGUCCGUGGAUCAGAUGCAUGGGCAGCAACAUCUACCCACAAAUACAUGUUUGAAGUCGUUCUGGCUACAGAUGGCUUGAUGCAGGUCGGAUGGGUCACUGACGAAUUCGAAAUUGAUCCGGAGGGUGGUACUGGCGUAGGCGAUGAUGCCUUUUCCUAUGGCUACGAUGGUUGUCGAGUCAAGAAAUGGCAUGCUGCGGAUCAAAAUAGAAGACGAAAUUAUGGAUGCUCAUGGGCUGUCGGUGACACGAUUACAUGUGCCCUGGACUUGGAUUGCUGCGAGAUGCGUUAUUAUCAAAACGGACAAGAUCUGGGUACGGCAUUUAUGGAUAUUGAUGCUGAGCGGGUUUGGUAUCCUGCUAUAUCGCUCUCUACGGGCCAGGAGUGCCGCUUCCGCUUUGGUGGUCCUUUGGACCGUUUAAGAUACCCAGUCGAAGGCUAUACGCCUUUUGCCCAACUUGCAUGUUCACCUGUACCUGUCGAGCUCCCUCCUCCGCAAGUUGUCAAGAGCAGCAACGAACGUCGUCAGACGGUCGGAUCCGACAAGAGCGACGAUAUCGAGACUUUGACGAAUGCAAUGAGACGCAUGUCAGUACAGGGAGCCCUUGAAGAGGGGAACCAAGAACCCAGCUUGCGGCCGGCUCGUAUUGAGCGACCCCAAUCUAAACGUCCUACAACUAUUCUAUCCAGUCGGCCGGCAGAACGUGAUGAUUAUUCUGUAUCGCCCUCGCUCUAUUUCGAAAUGACAAUUGCCAAUCGAUCGGCCAAGCAACGCGUACCAUCAUCUUCCUCGGAGCAAGAAGAAGGAAACGGUCAAGAUAAUGCUGAUAACGAUGACACGUUAUUUAACCACGAUGGAGAUCACAAUGAAGGCACCAUUGUGUUGGGUAUGCAAAGUUUGGAUAACAGAAACCACAUCCGACUCGAGUAUCACUGUGUGGAACGCAUGGCCAUGGUCUAUCAAGGUCGGUCCGCGCGCACAGAAUUGUUUGCAUUGGAGAUUGCCGAUGGCGAUGUAGUAGGUUUACUCUAUGUCCAAGAAGCGCAUAGCAUUUCCAUCACUGUCAACGGAAAAAUUAUCAGCAUAGUCAGUCUGGUACCGCUUUAUGAAGGAGGAGACGCGUUUCGACCUUAUCUGCCUUACCGUGCAGGUGACAUCAAGACUCAUAUUAAUUUUGGUGACGAACUGUUUCGAUGGCAACGAGCCAAUGCAAUCAGCUCCAAAGAAAAAAUGGCAAACUAUCUGGGUCAGCUAUUGCAAUAAUGAUGUCUUCUGAUACUAUCAAUAGUUAUAAUAAGAAAAAAGUAUCUAGUACACAAUAGGUUAUAAGUUACC